AACCAAUCAGCGGCAUGCUACUCUGCGCAGAAUUUCUCAUUUGAUACAUACAAAAUUGGCUUUUCAGGGUCUCAUAGAAUACUGAGCGAUUCAAAACGACAAACCCAUGGGGAAUUCCAUCUCCUCCACUUUGUAUCAAUCCUUCUUCGAAGCCUCUCCCGCGCUUCCAUGGACGACUUCACUCUCAUUGGAGAUCAAUCCGUACGGAUUGAGACCUCCAGAAGAGCUUUUAAGUUCCAUAUAUCAGGAGUAUGAGGAAAAUUUGGAUUUCUUCGUCGAGAUGGAUAUAAAGAUGGGGCGGUUUGGGCCAAGGAUUCACUCUUGGACCGAACGUCGAUGCGUAAUCGUCUUCAACCUCCAAAUCCAUGAGUGUACAGGGGGAUAUGACGGCGAACUCUACGUUGCAUCUGACUGCGCCUGGAUAUUUGACCCCACGAUUAUGGAAGAGUCUUCACCAUCCCCCCUUUCUGUCAGAUGUUACACAACGCACCAUCCCAUUGUGUUCCCUGAGGUACCAUCAAAUCAGAUCUCAGUAUCGAACAUGGAUUCUUGUUCCCACUCCUUCCAUGAUCACGAAUCUGCUAUGACCCCGAGUCCUGCCCUCCCAGGCACACCCAAUUAUUCGAGCGUUGCCCAGCUUGUCCCGUCUCCACCAUCCAGCCCACAUACCAAUUGCGAAACUCUUAUUACCACCCUUCCCGCUUCCUGUCAGCCGAAUGCAACUUUGCCUUCGGAUUUCCAGCAAGGACUCCCCCGAAGCUGCCGAGAAAUGGGAAUUCUCUUCCAAGAUCUUCUAGAGGACGGGUUUGGGCUAGCACCGAAGCGAGGAAGAAUUAUAAACGGGGCAUUCGUCGCUUCUUGCACACGUUGACGGCGCGGUUGAGAAGAAAGAAGC